AUGGCCACCAACGGUACAAUGGCAUUCAACUCGACUUUGGCAGAGUAUGGGAACACGACAAGUACUACCGGAAAUGGCACGUCCACUGUAGGGACAGACAGUCCCUCGCCAGCAGCCCUGGCGAUGGUCGCUUUUUUCUCUGUCCACGUCCAGUCGAAACAAGCCUCCCUGGGCCUGGCUGCCUGGGUUAUCUACGACUACUUUUUAACUAUAGAAGACAGUGUUACCUUGUUCUGGUCAUAUCGAUGGAGUAUCUCAAAAGUGCUCUUCUUCUUGAGUCGAUAUGCAACCCUUUUCACGUCACCUUCACGCCAAAUCCAUCCGAUACGCUGUAAGCCCAAACCUGCGUUUCUUCGAGCUCAACUCACUAUCAACAGCUGUCACAUCUAUCCAUGGCUGUGGUUAACCGGAGCUACGAGCCUUAUCUGCAUAAUGAAUCUUGUCCUCGUCUCCCGGAUCUACGCACUUUGGAAUCGGUCGCAGCUCAUUCUCAUCAUCAUGAUGUUUGGCCUUGUGGUGAAUGUGGGAUACUAUUUUGGUAUCGUUGCAUACACCCAUGCCACUUCCGAAUUGCAACAUACCUCCCUUCCGUUUACUGGGUGCUCGUCCGUUUCGCACUUUACCAAAGGAUGGACGUUGCUUGUCGUCUCCCUCGUCUUUGAAGUCGUCCUGAUCGUCCUCACCGCCAUCAAGACUUAUCCAAUAGUCAUCCAACGCGGGUUCAAUGCGCCACUCUACACACUUCUCCUCCGUGAUGGCUUUCUCUAUUUCAUCAUCAUUAUGGUUAUGCAGAUUAUCAGCCUUUACGCCAUCUUUUACCCUGCGCCACUCACGACUGUCCUCUUGAUCAGCUUCCCUACGCUUUCGAUCAUGGGCAUUUUUUGCAGUCGUCUUCUCCUUCGACUACAAAGAGCGCUGACAUGGGCUGGAGACGAGCCCUAUAGCGAGUAUGCCCGAACGGAUUUGACCAAAGACUGGCCCAUCGUCACCUUUGGAGGCAGUGGAGGGGGAAAACACUCGAGAGAGAGGAUGACGGAUCAUAACCGCACAUCCACAAAUCCCUCUGUUCCAACACUCUUUCGCACCAACCAUGGGUUCAGCGGCUCGCGCGAACGGCGGAAAUAUGACGAUUCGACGACGGAGCAUGGAGAAGAACUGAUGGAGAGGGGGAGUGAUUUAGUGGUGCUGGAGCCUGAACUCAAAUAUUCAGGAUGA